ACAAAGUUUUCGUUGCGAGUUGAAACACUUCGUAAAAUUUGUUACAACGGUAUAUUGCCGGCGAAUUAUCUACGACAAAUGAGUAUAGCUGUGAUAACUAUAACGUUCUGAUCUACUGCUUGGACUCAACUCUGAAAUAAGUUACAGGUUUGUUAGACCAUGUCGGCUUCUGAUCAUCCCUAUUACUUUACAGGGAACGGAACAUACAAAGCCAUAAACCCUUUAGUGUCGCGGGUGGGCGAUUUUACCCCAUUUUAUAUAGCCAUUGCCAUUAGUUCUGUAAUAUUGGGCUUGAUUCUUAUUUUGAACGUGGUGUGCUGCUGCUCGAGGUAUUCGGACUACUGGCUGGACCGACACACGGGCAACCGUUGGAUUGUGUCCAUCUGGUCCACAACCCCACACAAGCAGCCUCCGCUGGACUUGACCGAGCUAGAGAACAACUACCAGCCUGUCCACUACGUCCAACCAUACUCCACUGAAUACCACGAGGAACACGGCAGAGGCGACGUUCCUCCAUCAGUCUCCACUCAACCACUGACAUCCUCGCAAGAGUACCUAGAGUUACAUAAGCGUGAGAGUGACAUAUAAGUCUAAACAACCAUGGCCUUCUUAAUGUUAUAUCCUGCUGUGGCCGUGUUAUCUCUGUUCAUCCUCUUAGUGAUCAUUCUGAUGCUUAGAUUUGGAGCCAAUUGGUGUAAGCUAAGGCAUGACACCUUACCAGUACAUU